GGUCAAACCUCCAAAAGCCGACUAAAAAGAACUAUGGAUACGGGCAAUAGGUAAUUGAUACGACCCCGGUCCCCAAGCUUGCAUGCCGAGUCAUUAUGGAAAUGAAAUCAUAGCAAAAUGUCACACUCAUCCGGACCAGCUCAUCGCAGCGUAUCGAGUAUUCGUCCAUCCAUAAAUCCACAGAGUGGUAGUGGUGCGCCCUCAACCCCGCAUACGCCUAUUCGACAACUCUCAAACUCAUUUGGUUCGCCCUCUACUCUGCGUGCAGAAGAAGAAUGCAUAGUUAUUGAAAUCGGGUGUCGAUAUGUAAAGGUUGGUUUCGCAGGCGAUGCAGGACCCAAAGCAGUUGUAAAUUUUGGACCAGAAGAACAGAGAAGAGCGGGGGAUUUUAGGAGAUGGCAGCCGGGAUAUGAUAAAGCUUGGAGAGAGAGGAUACAUGGGAAGAAAUGGGGAGAGGCACAUGAGCUAUGGAAGUUGGAUCUGAGGGACGUGGAUUUGGGGCUGGUGGGCGAUAAGAUUGAGAGGGCUGUGAGGGAUGCCUAUACAAAAUUUCUACUGAUCGAUUCCAGGCCGAGAAAAGUGACUUUGGCACUCCCGUCUAUUUUACCAUCGCCUCUUCUCUCUACAAUUUUAGAUACGAUGUUUACAAAUUUUCAAUCUCCGAAUAUCUCUUUGCAUGCUACACCAGCACUCACGACGGUAGCUGCAGGUCUACGAGCCGCUAUGAUUGUAGAUAUUGGUUGGUCAGAAACCAUAGUAACUGGAACAUACGAGUUCCGAGAAGUAUCGAGCCACAGAUCUAUAAGGGCAACGAAGUUAUUAGGACAAGCGAUGCGCAGACUGUUGGCCGAAUCUUUCGACCCAAAAAUAUUGAUGCAGGAGUCAUCCGACGACCAAGAAAACGUGGCAUUGGAAGAAUUCAUAAGUUUCGAAGAGUGCGAAGAAAUAGUCAAUCGAAUGGCAUGGUGCAAACCAACUCGAAAUUUCGUCCCCAAACCCGCACCCGAAAGGAGUCUUGCGCCACUGGAAGAAGAAGCCGAAUUACAAACCGGUAUGCGAUCUCUAAACAUCACCGAAGUCCCAGACUCCAACGAUAUAGCCACAAUCCCACUAAAAUCCACCCUCCCACCACGCAAACUCCGCAUUCCCUUUUCCCAACUCGCGCAACCCUGCGAAGAAGCACUCCUCGCAACCCAUGUCCCCACCCCCGAGCUCGACGAUGAAGAACUCCCUAUCCAUCUUCUCCUUUACCAAGCUCUCCUCCGUCUUCCCGUCGACCUCCGCUCCGUUUGCAUGUCCCGAAUCGUAUUUGUAGGAGGCGGCGCUAGUAUCAUUGGGUUAAAAGCUCGCAUUUUAGAAGAACUCAACACGCUUGUCGAAGAACGAGGUUGGGAUCCCGUCCAAGGAAAAGCAGUUUCGCAAUUCAGAAGCAAUCCUAAACUCACCCGACGCCGUCAAUCACAAACGCCUACUUCCCCCACUUCCCCCAUCGAAACCCCCUCUUCCCCGCCUCUCUCCUCCCCCUCCUCCCCCUCCUCUUCCAUCUCCCCAACCACACCCCGACCUCCAACCCUCAUCCCCGCCGCCCAUCAAUCCCCCGAACCCGACUCCAUCGCCGCAACCAUCCAUGCAAAAUCCGACAAAUUCACCAUCCCCGAAGAAAAAGGCUUCAUACGAGCCAUCGAGAGUCUCGGCGCCUGGUCCGGCGCAUCUUUACUAUCGCAACUCAAAAUCCCCGCCGUAAGUUCCAUCGAUAGAGAAGCAUGGAUGCAGCAUGGUCUUUCCGGUGCAAAUCGCAAUGCGGAGGUGAGCGUAGCUGCGGGUGCAGGAAACAGAGGUAGUAUGGGUCCCGGAGCUUUCAAGGGUGGUGUUGGGGAAAAGGGCAGCUGGACCUUGGGAUUGUGGGGGUCGUAGAUAAAUAAGCGGAUGAGAGGAUUACGAAUCAUGAUUAGAGACAUAUUAAUGAUUAUGAGAUAUCGCUAUUGUUGUAAAUCUAGGAUGGAUGUACUACCUAUCGUAAUAAAUCUAUGACUCAAAAUGCAAAGGAACCAGAGAGAGAGUACAGUGAGCAAUGUUUUCUUAGAGAACACUCUCAUAUGUAUGUACGAAAAACCUCGUCUCCUUUAUUCAUCCACGGCUCCGUAGGGGGUAAAGGCGGUGCUGUGAAGCAAACGGAAUUUGAUGAACAAUUUGAAAGAUGCUUCUGUUCUUACGAGUAAAUUCCAUCUUCGAUUUCUCUCACGUCAUUGAUCAGCCAAAAUAAAUA